CCUUCAUUCUCCGUUUCAGCUCCAUCCAACAACUUCACACCUUUAUACCGCACACAACAGCGCGCGCUCCCGGUUCUGAUUAAACACACACACACCUGGAGAGACAAGUCCGGGGACUGCGUGCGCGAGUGUCGCGGUGAAGUUGGUGGAGAAAAAAAAGCAUAGCGGGACGUGAGAACUUUAAUCUGAGCGCUGAAUCCGGUUUCAUCAAAACCCGCGUUCACACUCCAACCCUUAAUCUACUGCAGGAACCGGAUCAGUGUGAGACCUUCACCAAGUUCUACUGAUCUACUGACCACGUCAUCGCUAUUUCUCACAUCAUCUCCCAAAGACCCCGAGCUCCGAACUCAUCCUUCCAGUCGACAUGGCGAUGCGAGGACACGCCUCUGGGUCACUAAUGAGUAAUCACACUAAAGAGAGAGUGACCAUGGCCAAGGUGACUCUGGAGAACUUCUAUAGCACACUGGUCACACAGCAUGAGGAGAGAGAGAUGAGGCAGCAGAAACUGGAGAAGGUGAUGGAUGAAGAAGGACUUCUUGAUGAAGAGAAGCGAGUGAGACGCUCUCAGCAUGCAAAGAAGGAGACAGAGUUUCUGCGUUUGAAGAGGACAAGACUUGGUUUGGAUGACUUUGAAUCACUGAAAGUGAUUGGACGAGGAGCAUUUGGAGAGGUGCGUCUGGUGCAAAAGAAAGACACAGGUCAUGUUUAUGCCAUGAAGAUCUUGCGUAAAGCCGACAUGCUGGAAAAAGAGCAGGUGGCUCAUAUCCGUGCAGAGAGAGAUAUACUGGUUCAGGCAGACAGUUUGUGGGCAGUGAAGAUGUUCUACAGUUUCCAGGAUAAACAAAAUCUCUACCUGCUUAUGGAGUUUCUGCCAGGAGGUGACAUGAUGACACUGCUGAUGAAGAAGGACACUCUGUGUGAGGAGGAGACGCAGUUCUAUGUGGCUGAAACUGUUCUGGCCAUCGACUCCAUCCACCAGCUCGGCUUCAUUCACAGAGACAUCAAACCUGAUAACCUGCUGCUCGACUCCAAGGGACAUGUGAAACUCUCAGACUUUGGUCUGUGUACUGGACUGAAGAAAGCCCAUCGUACAGAAUUCUACAGGAACCUGAGCCACAACCUCAACACUGACUUCACUGCUCAGAAAAUGAACUCCAAGAGAAAAGCAGAAACAUGGAAGCGUAACAGGAGGCAGAUGGCGUUUUCCACAGUUGGAACUCCAGACUACAUAGCCCCAGAGGUGUUUAUGCAGACGGGGUAUAAUAAGCUUUGUGAUUGGUGGAGUCUGGGUGUGAUUAUGUACGAGAUGCUGAUUGGAUAUCCACCAUUUUGUUCAGAGACUCCCCAGGAGACGUAUAAGAAGGUGAUGAACUGGAAGGAGACUCUGAUUUUCCCUCCUGAGGUGCCGAUCUCUGACAGAGCCAAACAACUCAUCCUCAGGUUCUGUUGUGAAGCAGAUCAUCGUAUUGGAGCUGGAGGAGUUGAGGAGAUUAAGAGGAACCCAUUCUUUGAGGGAGUUGAUUACGAUCACAUCAGAGAGAGACCUGCAGCCAUCCCAAUUGAAAUCAAGAGCAUUGACGACACCUCAAAUUUUGACGAGUUUCCUGAGUCAGACAUCCUGCAGCCUGCUGCAGUGGGCAGUAGUCAUGCGGAGUCGAACUAUAAGAAUAAGGACUGGGUGUUUAUAAACUACACCUAUAAGAGAUUUGAAGGACUGACUGCACGAGGAGCCAUCCCAUCCUACAUGAAGGGAGGGAAGAGAUGAGUGCAGACAUGCACCCGUCUCUCCGUUUGUCUGUCUGUCUCUCCUUCCUGUAUCCCAUCCAAUCACUGCCACACCUACAGAAUGCUGUGUUUCUAUUGGCUGACAUCAGAAGAGCUUAAAUGUAUUGUUUCAGUUCAGAUCGGCCCCACCUCAUUCACUACCGCUGCCUUCUGUUUCUUCCUCACAGGCAGUCUGUCUGUCAGUCACACAACAGCAUUCAUGUUGCUAUAGCAAUCAAUGUAAAAGCUCAGGUUGUUGUUAACACAGCCGUCUCUCAGAAA